AUGGCAACCUCAGCAGCAGCAGCAGCAACGGCAUCGCCAUGGCUAGGAGAUGAAGCUGGCGCCUUGAACGUCGAUACAAUCUUGCAGCAGGUCUCGCAAGAUGACCAGGAUGAGUGGGAGUACGAAUACUCAGCUACAGAGACAGAGACUUACUAUCUAACACUUGAGCUAUCAUAUCCAGAGUUCAAGGAUCGUCCAGCCAAAGCCCAUCAUCACAGCCGUGGCGGGUAUUACAAGAACUGGUCAGAUCAGUACGCCGAUCACUUGAAAUUGGACGCCAAGCCUGACCUUGCCGUUGGCCAGCAAGACCCCAAUCAUAACGAAGAUGGCAACGGUAAAGACAAUGGUCAAGAUGAAGGUGGAGCCCCUGAACCAGAGGAGGCACCAGAAGAGGAGGAGAAUGCAGAGGACGCAAACAUAGAUCCUCGAAAAAAGGACAAAGGAAAGGGAAAAGAAAAAGAAGUGGAAACUACGAAAGUUGUGCCAGAGGCGACAGAAAGCGACAAGGAGUCAGAAAACGAGCCCCUGGAAGAAAUACAGAUACUCGAACUUCACUCUCGCAAUCCGAUCAUAUCCUACAGAGGCCGGGUAUUUGAGGGGCAAUGGGCAGAGGUUAUUGGCACAGAAGCAAUCUUGGCCGAUCGUGAAGCUAAGGAUGCCUCCCAGUUGCCAGCUCUUCGCCAUCUUCCUGGUGGCGUGGAUAUACUGGGAGCCAGCUCUUCGCGUAUCUUGACCACCGAAAAGAUUCUGAAACCCAAGGUGGCCCAGGAGGACUCUUUGGCGGCUAUUCGCGAGGAGUGGAACAUUCGCAUCCCACCAGGGAAGGAUAGGACUGGUGAAAGGGCGCAACAGUUACGCUUCCUAGAAAAUCUCAUUGCCUUGAAGAAGAAAAGGGGGGACGCGGAUGAAGUUACAGUAUACGCAAUGGAUGGUCCUGGAAAAGAUUUUGACGACAGAAAGGGACCAGAUUUCAAACCUCGCAGGAAAAAGCCUAGUCUCAGUGUUGAUCAAAACAAUGGAGCCAGUCAGAGCGACAGAAGAGAACGCCGAUAUACAAGGCGAAGUCAGGCCCGCAGAGGAGGUAGACGAAGGAGAGCAUCUGCUGCGAGAGGCACAGGAGCGACAACGGAUAGGGGCGCUGGUUCAGCUUUGGAUUCGAAUACGCUGUCCACCCCAACACCAAGUCAUUGGGACGAGCUCUUUGGGAUUCAAGAUGAUGAAGAUGAUAACGAUAGCCUCAAUGACAUCUACGAGGACAGUGAUGGGGCAGAAAGAAGGCGCGCGGCUUUUGACGAUGAAAACGAGGACGACGAUGGGGACGAAGACGACGGCGACGGCGAUGUGACAAUGCUUGACUAG